AAGUCUGCAGAACGGCUUUCGAAGGGCCCCCACCUUUCACGCCUCGAAACCGCCCGUCUCAUUUUUUAGACCUGUGCUCCACAACCUCCUCAGAGUCAAAGUUGUAGAAGACUCACAAAAAGAUCCCAGCAACAACAAGAAAAUGAGUGAACUCGAACGAGAUGAUGGAACUGUAGGCGAAACCUUAGGAGGUGAGACGUUGUUUGCCUCGUGUGCUAGUUGUGGACCUUCUACCGAUGGUUCCGAGUCUUUCAAAGAGUUUCUUCCAGAUCCUCCGGGUGGAACCAAGGUCCCGUCGUUGGGGCGGCAUCCUGGCACUUCGGUCAUCCAAGUUCCGCCCUCGCCUCAGGGUAUCUUCUUCAGCGAAUCACUCAUUGAACUCAAAACUGAUGGUGUCAACAGCACUCUAACAGUCGACAGUGCCGUGAACGCUCGUUUCCCUGUUCGCCCGGAUCCUCCCGAAGAGGUCCCUUCCGCCAGCAUUCCCAUCAUCAAGAUAUCGCAAGGUGAGAUUGUGGAAGUUGGGGAUGGUGGAGCCGCUCAACGAAACGAGAAAGCCAUCGUGGUUGCAGAGGCAACGCCCUACUUCAAGAGUCCAGACGACGCCACCCUCCAGACAACGCUGGUCGCGGCGCUGUGCUGCUUGUGCAAAAAGAGACAAGCACGAUCUGGAGCAGCAACUGAUGAAAAGUGAAGUCCUUCCCCGCACCGCAGUCUCGGCUGCGAUGUUUGCUUGGACGGGGGCAUUGCCCUUCGUCCCCAACGAAACGAACAUCCAAGCAAAGAAAAGCCAAUGCUGGCCAGCCAAUUGAAUAAACAGUUAGUCUAACCAAUGCAUACUAGUGCGGCACCGUAUCCAGCAAAUUGGUACGUCCCAGACUUUAGAC